ACCAUGUCGCCUGUGGUCAUCAGCCUCACAUGUCUUGGGUUCUUCUCCAUCCAGAAGAUCUGGGCACAAAUGGGUGGUCAGGACAAGCCCUCCCUAUCUGCCUGGCCAAGCCCCGUGGUUCCUCAAGGACAGCAUGUGACUCUUCAGUGUCGCUCCCAUCACAAGUUUGACACAUUCAGAAUGUACAAGGACAAUGGCAUCCUCGUCUCCAAGCUCCACAGCGUGAUGUCGCAGAAGGGCUUCCUCAUUGGCCCUGUAACCCCGACACAGGCGGGGACUUACAGGUGUUGUGGACCGUGCCCUGGCUCCUCCUCUGUGUGGUCAGCACCCAGUGACCCCCUGGUGAUUGUGGUCGCAGCUCAGAGAACACUCGUCUAGAGGGCUAUUCACUGUCCCAAUCUUCCAAAUGGCAGAUCUAUGAAUAGUCCAAGGGCAAUUAAGGUUGAAUAUGGAAUUCAGGUUAUUAAGCAGGUGACCCUGAGCAGGUACCUCUCUAGGCGGCGCCAUCAUGGGGGGUCCCAUGCUAACUUCUCCAUGGGUCCUGCGACAGCUGCCCAUGGGGGGACCUGCAGGUGCUUCAGUUCUUUCAAUCGCUCCUUCCAUGAGUGGUCUGCCCCCAGUGACCCCCUGGACAUCAUGAUCACAGGUCUGCACCAGAAACCUUCUCUCUGGGCCCAGCCGGGCGCCGUGGUGAGGUCAGGAGAGAACGUGACCUUCUCCUGCUGCUCUGAGAGUUCCUUUGACGUGUACCAGCUGUCCAGGGAUGAGCAGCCCCACGAGUGCUGGCUCGCUAAGGGGCAGAGGCGUGGUGGUGAAUCCCAGGCUGACUUCCCUCUGGGCCCCGCACACUCAGCCCUGGGCGGGACCUACAGAUGCCAUGGCUCUUUCAACCGCUCUCCCUGUGAGUGGUCAGGCCCGAGUGACCCACUGUACAUUUCUAUCACAGGAAACUCUUCAACGAGUUGUCUCCCAUCCACGAAACCGACCUGCAAAGCUGGUAACCCCAGACACCUGCAUGUUCUGGCUGGGCCCUUAGUGGCCAUCGUCUUCCUCGCUGUCCUUCUUUUCGUCCUCACUCGUCAGUGGUGCCCUGCCAAAGAAAAUGUUGCUAUAAUGAACAGAGAGCCCGAGGUGGACAGAAUGGUGAGCAGGGAGGACCCUCAGGCAGAAGACCCACAGGAGGUGAUAGACACACAGUCGGAUCACUGCAUUUCCACGUGGAAGAAAACCACUCCCACUUUUCAGAGGCCUGAGGAAUCCUUGCGUGAUGACAGUGUGUAUGUGGAACUUGCAACAUGCUGAGAGCAAUCAAGGCAUGAGUCCUAUGCCCCAAGCACGCACAGGAAGAUGCUGAGAAGGCUCUCCGUGGACCCCAUAGCUCUUUCUGAAACCCCUCCUAACGACAACUGGAAUCUGAAGACAGAAGUCUUCAUUUUCCUUUCACCCUAAGAUGAGAUAAAAAUCUCAGAACCGCCUAGAAAUCCCCCCAUCCAUUCUAGGAUGCUAUUAGGAUGAUCCAGACAUUUCCAAUAUUGUCCACAAAAUCACCUUUU